ACUAGAAUUUCCCUUUCCAAAACACAGUAAUUAACUACUAAGUACCUCUCUUAAAAACAAAGAUACCAAAUGUUGCCAUUUGGCCCAUUUUGCCCUCACACCUUACCCAACAGUUGGAAAACAGAGCAAGCAAAGCAAAAGGAAUCCGAAUCUCUCUCCUCUUUCCCCCUGCUUCGCCCUCUCUUCUCCCACUUCUUCAUUCCAAGACCUCAACUUUUGCAUUUCCUCUUCUUCAGAUCCCAAAUUUCCUUCCUCCAUUUCAACAAUGGCAGUCGCUCUCUAAAACCCAUUUCUUUCCGGAAACAGUUGCUCUGUUUGUUCGGCGGCUCCUCUGCUCCACAAAUUUCCUCUAAGCUCCGCCGUCGCCAUGCCGGGACUCGCCUCAGUCAAAACCCCACCGGGCACUCCGCAGCUCACCCUCUCCGUCCCCAGUCCCCAACCCGCCGGAGCCUCAUCUCUGACCCGACCCGAAUCCUCCCCUGUCCCACGAACCCCCAACAAAAAACACCCAUCCCCUUCUCCUUCCCGAUCCAAGCUCUCACCGGCCCGCUCCGCCAAAAAACCCGCCCCGUCGGACUCCCCCAACCCGCUGCUUCAGGCCGAUGCCUCCCUCGACAACCCGGAUCUCGGCCCGUUCCUCCUGAAGCUUGCCAGGGACACGAUUGCUUCAGGGGAAGGGCCUUCCAAGGCCCUGGAGUACGCAAUCCGGGCGUCCAAGUCGUUCGAGAGAUGCGCCGUCGAAGGCGAGCCGAGCCUGGACUUGGUCAUGAGCUUGCACGUUCUGGGCGCGAUUUAUUGCAGCUUGGGGAAGUUCGAGGAGGCGGUGCCGGUGCUGGAGAGAGCGAUCACUGUGCCGGAAUUGAGCCGGGGUACGGAUCACGCUCUGGCGGCUUUCUCUGGGUAUAUGCAGCUGGGGGAUACUUAUUCCAUGAUUGGGCAGGUGGAUAAGUCGAUCCAUUGCUACGAGGAAGGGUUGAAGAUCCAGAUCGAGUCAUUGGGAGACACUGAUCCCCGAGUUGGAGAGACUUGCAGGUACUUAUCUGAAGCGCACGUUCAAGCCAUGAACUUCGAGAAAGCGGAGGAACUGAGCAAGAAAACACUUGAAAUCCAUCGUGCACACAGCGAGCCAGCUUCGAUCGAGGAAGCAGCCGAUCGGAGACUGAUGGCACUCAUCCAUGAGGCCAAGGGAGACUACGAGGCGGCGCUUGAACACCUGGUCCUCGCCAGCAUGGCAAUGAUUGCGAAUGGACAAGACAACGAGGUUGCCGCCAUCGACAUCAGCAUCGGCAACAUCUACAUGUCCCUGUGUCGAUUUGACGAGGCAGUGUUCUCAUACCAGAAGGCUCUCACAGUAUUCAAGUCGUCUAAAGGCGACAACCACCCAUCGGUAGCCUCAGUGUUCGUGCGCCUUGCUGACUUGUACCACAGGACUGGAAAACUCCGAGAGUCCAAAUCUUACUGCGAGAAUGCUCUCAGGAUAUAUGCAAAACCUGUUCCUGGGACCACAGGGGAAGAGAUCGCCUCUGGUUUGACCGAGAUCUCGGCUAUUUAUGAGUCUGUGGAUGAACCCGAGGAGGCCUUGAAGCUUCUGCAGAAGGCGAUGAAUUUGUUGGUGGAUAAACCAGGGCAGCAGAAUACUAUUGCAGGUAUUGAAGCAAGAAUGGGGGUGAUGUUUUACAUGCUUGGUAGGUAUGAAGAUGCAAGGGCAUCUUUCGAGGGGGCAGUGAGUAAGCUUAGGGCAAGUGGGGAGAGGAAGUCUGCUUUCUUUGGGAUUGUGCUGAACCAGAUGGGGUUGGCGUCUGUUCAGCUGUUCAAGAUCGAUGAAGCUGCUGAGCUGUUUGAAGAAGCUAGGGCGAUAUUGGAGCAGGAGUGCGGUCCUUGUCACCAGGACACUCUCGGCGUGUAUAGCAAUCUUGCUGCAACUUACGAUGCUAUGGGAAGGGUGGAAGAUGCCAUUGAGAUCUUGGAAUACGUUCUUAAACUGAGAGAAGAAAAGCUUGGUAUUGCUAACCCUGAUUUCGAAGACGAGAAGAACAGGCUAGCGGAGCUUCUGAAGGAAGCAGGCAGGGCUAGGAACAAGAAGGCCAAGUCCCUGGAAAACUUGAUAGAUCCCAGCUCGAAGAGGACUACCACGAAGAAAGAAUCAUCGACGAAGAAAUGGGGAUUCAGGAUUUGAGUGGCAUGUUUUCUGUUCUGUGCAUCUUUCACACCUCCCUCCCACCAGCAAAUGCUUUCCUCUUAUUUAUCUACUAAAUCUUUUUUCACAUAGGGAGGAAAAAUCAUUUGUAUAGUUUGUAAUAUGGGUGAGCCUUUUUUCCCUUCUUUUUUCCCACUGCAAUCUGCUUUGUUCUGGUGUUUGGUACUUCAGUUGGUUGGUUUUGUUAAUUUGGUUUCACUAUUCACUGGUUUGUGCCUGCCUGUGGCGGGACUUUCACUUGUGUGUU